AUGUAUAUCCCGUCCAACAGGCCCAACCUCUUUACCAAGCGAUACAUAGCCGCCGCUGUGCUGGCAAUCGUCCUGUUCUUGUUCAUAACUAGUAAUUCCGGCCCGGAUCUCGACACGCUGCGCUCUCAGCUCACCGAUUUUGCUCUCCCCGGACAGAAAGGCAGCUGGAAGACGCGGAAGCAAUUUGUGAAGAGCGCGUUGGCCAACGACAUCUACACCACUCACUAUGACGGGGCAGCUGUGCGGAAGCUGUGCGGCGAGGCCAAAUGGCGCGACGACAGGAUAGUUGAAUGUAAUCGGCUCGCAGGUGGCAUUGGCAACUUGAAGAUCAACUUGCUUGGCUGCGUGAGGUUCGCCAUUGAGGCUGGGGGAAUCCUCAUAACACCGGUCCUCCACGGCAGGGAGGCCUUUGAGAAGAUGGAGAAUAGCUUUGGGUGGGACACCGACCUGCCCAUCUCAUACAUGUUCGACAGCGAUCACUUCUUCGACACGCUGGCCAAGGACUGUCCUCAGCUGCACAUAGUCGACGAGGACGACCCGUCACACAACAUCCCGCCCAAGAGCGAGGUCCAAGCCAUCAGCCCGAAGAGGCUCAUCCCAGUGUUGCACAACAACGUCCUCGUCGACGCCUCCCAGUGGAGGCCCGCGCUCGACCAGCGCAUCGAGGACAUCGUGGCGCAGAACAACCUCGCCCAGCCGACGAGCGAGCACCCGAUCCGCAUGACCUUCGACGACGUCGCCUUCUCGUGGCCGGUGCGGUACGACGGCGACGAGUUCCGCAGCGACUUCGGCCACGUCGCGCGGUUCCCCCGGCACAUCCGCGAGCUGUCGGCGCGGGCCCUGUACAAUCUGUACAGGAAGCUCGGCGUCGACCAGAGCCCCGCGGGCCCCUCGAGGGCGGCCUUCCUGGGCGCGCACGUGCGCACCGAGGCGGACGCGCAGAUCGAGGCGUGGACCUCGUUCGCGACGCAGAGCGCCAACAUCCGCCAGCAGGUCGAGGCCAGCCAGCUGGGCGCCGUGUACGUGGCGACGGGGACGGCGAGCGACGUCGACAGGCUGCGGGAGGACCUGGCCGACGUGCGGGUGCGCGCCAACGACACGCACACGGCCACGGGCGUGCAGGUGCUGCAGAAGUGGGACAUACUCGACGAGGCCGACGUCAUGCUCUUCGACGAGCUCACGUGGGACCAGAUGGCCCUCGUCGACCUCGACAUCAUGCUCCGCGCCAGCCGCUUCGUCGGCAUCUGGGAGAGCAGCUGGAGCUGGACCAUCGCCCUCAAGAGGCAUGCCUGGAGCGAGCUGGACCCGUACGACUACGACACCCACGCCGUCACGUACGAGGACGAGUAUAGCGUCCUCUUCGGCCCGGUGGGCGCGCAGCCGGUCAUUGAUCCGUGCAUGUGGCUGUGA